AUGCCCACCACAACGGCACCGAUGGUUGUUGAAUCUUCCUCUGCUGCAGCUCCAACACUUUCCUUUGAACUGCGAUUGUUGCUGCUGAUGGCGUUGUUGGCGCUAUUGAGCGGAUCAGUGCGAGUUGCGAACGGUGAAUACAUCUCACACCAUUAUCAGCACAACUUCACUUGUGUGGACUGGAAGCGUGCCCCCGAGGCAGCGGUUGGCAAUUGCACGCGCUAUGGACGCUACGGGGCGUUGCGCUGCUAUGGUGGCAUUAAUAAUUUGCCAGCAAUACCCGAACAAAAAGUGCGUCGCCUAGAGGAGAUCGUCUUCUGCGGCUGGCCAGAACGUGCCUUUAAUCCGCUCACCGAUUUGCAGCCAUUCCCGAAAAUACGCUCGCUCACCAUCGAAUACAGCGAGCUGCGAGAGUUCGUACUCGAUUUUCCCGAAAUGUUUUACCUACAGUCCAUCAACAUAUCGUGGACGAAUCUUUCGCAAAUAAACGCUCGCACUUUCAAGCGUGUGCACGCCUUGCGUGUCGUCGAUCUUCGUUGGAAUAAGUUGGUGCAAUUGGAUGGUCCUCUCUUGCUGCCGCGCUACUUUGAAAAGCUCUACUUAGCUGAGAAUCCAUGGAACUGCACACGCAACUUUAAGUGGCUGCUGAUACCCGAGAAGGGCGAAAUGGUUGCUGAUCGUGAUGAGAUCAUAUGCACGGAUAAAAAGUAUAAGGAACGUCACAUGUUGACUGUGAUGAAUUACAAGGUGAUGCUCCGCACAGAGUGCCAAUCACACGCGGAUUUGCAGAAUUGCACCUGCACUAUGCAUCACAUCAUACCAAAAACUCACAUACCACUCUACACGAUCAACUGUAGUAAUCUGCAAUUUCAUGCGAUGCCCAACUACAUACCGGCCAAUACAACUACGAUAUAUUUGAAUGAUAAUCAGAUCACCGAUGUACUCCCUUUGCGCAACAAUCCCACUUACCGUCACGUGGUGGAUGUACAUCUGGACAAUAAUCGCAUCGAGAGCAUCGAUGUGCUGGAGGGUGGCUAUUGGUUUGAGCACUUUCGCUUGCUCAGCUUGCGCGGAAAUGAGUUGCAAAAGAUGCCCGUUUAUGCGCUCGAUAACGCGCUCGACGAUAACCCGAACGCGAAUCUAUUGCUACUUAGCGGCAAUCCCUGGCAAUGUACCUGCAUCUUUACGAUGCGCUUCCGCGAGAUACUCAUGAAAUAUAUCGAAAUUAUGCGUGACGCUGGCAACAUCACAUGCAACUACAAGCACAUCAGUCCGUUGCGGCGUGCCAAUGUGUUGGCGAUCACGCGUGAGGAUGUCUGUAAGCCGGAGGAGGAACCAAAAAUAUAUCCACUGGACUUAUUGAAUGGUGUAUUGGCCUUUCUGAUAGUGCUGAUUCUGAGCAAAUUGGCGUAUGACUACUAUCACUAUAAGAAUUAUGGGCGCGUGCCGUGGAUUGUAAUGAAGUUGCCAUAAAUGGAUUUAAGGAUGCUCAAAUAGCAAAAAAUCUCAUUUGUAAUUGGUUCACAUUUGGUGAACUGAAUUAAGUUAUAUAAAUGGAGCUUGACAUUCAAGAGUAACCAGAAUUGCAUUAUAAACAGUUGGAUUGUAAGCCGUGAAACAAA